AUGGAAAUGAAGAUGAUUGAUGCCGCUAGUGGAGGGGCUCUUGCGAACAUGACUCCCCAAAGAGCUAAGGAAUUAAUUUCGACUAUGACUGUAAAUUCUCAACAGUAUCGACUACUUAUGGGACCUACCAGAAGGGUUCAUGAGCUAAGUACUCCUUCCGUAGUAAAUAAAAUUGAUGAACUUAAUAAUGUGGUUAAAAAUAUGCUUGUAGGACAAACGAACCCAGCUCGGUUGUACGGGAUUUGUGCUAAGCUUGAUCAUCCUACCAACUUGUACCCAAUUUUACUUGAAGACACAACCGUACAAGUAGAUGCCGUUGGGAACUUUCUAGGGUCACCUCAAAGGUGUUACGAUCCAUAUUCAAACACAUACAAUACAGGGUUAAGGGAGCACCCGAACUUGAGCUAUGGAUCGAACCCAAAAUGCAAUCAACCAUAUCAACCAAGACCACCUACGCCUCAACAGUAUCAACCUUCAAAGUCAUCUCUUGAAGCCAUAGUAGAGAGGUUAGCCGUUAGCAUCGAAAAGUUCCAAAAAAAGACUGAAGUACAUUUUCAAGAACUAGAUCAACAAAUAAGUAAGCUAGCACUUACGGUUAGUCGUUUGGAGAACCAAGAAAAAUUGUCAUCUCAAACCGAGCCGAACCCACAUCAAAAUGCAAGUGUUAUGAUUGUAAAAGAUGGAAAAGAGUCAGAACUAGUGCCUGGCACGAGUCGUAACCACGAUGUUGAACAGGAAGCUGAACCAGCAGCUCCCACUAAUACGGCACCUCAUAAACCAUUUGUUGUACCUCCCCUAUGCCCUGGAAGGCUCGCCCAAAUUAAAAAGGAAUGA